GUGGAGAGAUGUGAAACCCCACCUUUAUUACCUUAACAAUAUAGAGUUGUGUGCUACUUCAAAGAGGUGAACAAAGUACAGUUGUAGAGUAAAAUAAAAGGACUGUUCUCAUAAGUAGUAUGACCUGAAAUAUCAUACGUUGUAAAUGCAACCCCACAAAAAGCGUAUAGCGGGUGAUUGUUACAGUAAAUUCCAUAAUGAAGACAUUCUUUAGCUGAUGCUACUGAUAUCAAGGAGAAGAUAGAGCACCACCUGGAGCAGCACCUUGACCACACAGUAAGGCUGUUAGUCACGGUACAUUGAUUAAGCGGCAACCGUGGGACAUGGUUACGAACAGAGCCUCUUAAAUAAGCUUGAUCGCUUCGUGUUAGCUCGGCUUCUCGCUCUCUACAUCAUGGUUUCAAGUCAGACUAUUGUAUUCAAGACCGUCGACGGUGUUGAUAUUCAUGCCGAUGUUUAUCUACCCGAUAAUCAUGCUGCUGACCAGCAAUAUUCUGCCAUUUUGUAUCUACAUGGUGGAGGAAUGACGAUCGGACAUCGCAGCAUGUUGCCCAUGAGCCAAGUUACCAAGUUUACAGAGAAGAACUGGAUUGUUGUUAGUGCAGACUAUCGACUUAUCCCUGAAUCCAAAUUCCAAGACGCUUGUCAGGAUGUUAUUGACGCAUACCAGUGGAUGAGAACCAAAGUAAAUGAUCUUUAUAGUAUAGAUGUUGACAAUAUCGCAAUCAUUGGAAGCUCUGCUGGAGCCAGACUUGCCCUUAUCGCAGGCUACAUGCUCGAAGAACCACCAAAAUGUUUAGUUUCUUUGUAUGGUCAAACGGACUUUGGUUUGAACGAUGUGUCCUGGAUGAGCCUUCGGAAAAUGGAAGUCACUGAAGAAGAAGCAUUUUCCUUCGUUAACAAAAAAGCUGUAUGCACAUCAACCGAGUGGGAAUCCGCAGAACACAAAGGACGCAUGGCUUAUUUGGCAUGGAUGGUACAACAUGACAAGAUACUAGAGGCUUACUUUGGGGAGAAUUACGAUAAUUCAUUGCUCCAGAAGUACUCUCCACGCUCGAAUGUCCACAGUUCAUACCCGCCAACUUUCGUCAUUCACGGCAAGGCAGAUAGUCUGACACCCUACACGCAUGCUGAGGCGAUGUACGAAGCUUUACAGAAGAACAACAUAAAAUCUCAGCUGCUGCUGGUGGAAGGGUAAAGAUAUUUCAUUUUGUU